AUGACAUCAGGAAUUACCCACAUCGACCGUGAAAGACUAUACACGGAUCUUCAAUACCGAUUCAACUACGUUGCUCAAUUUGUCGAAUUCGGUGAGGAAGAUAUUAAGGCAAUCAAGAAUUCGGCUCCCAUUAUCGCUCCGCUUGUAGAUAAGGUCGUUGAACUCGUCUACGAAAAGUUAUUCUCCUUCGAUAUCACCAAGCAGGUGUUUCUUGCACGCAAUGAAGGAUUCACCGGGAAAGUCGACAACACGUUAGAGUCAUUGCAGGCUAAUAGCGAACAGAUUAAGUUCAGAAAGGACUUUCUUAAGAAAUAUCUUGUGAAAUUGGUCACUGCAGAAUAUGAUGAGAGAUUUGUUAAUUAUCUCAAUUAUGUUGGGAAAAUCCAUACAUCAUUCCCGGGAAAAGCGUCACGUAUAAACGUAGAAUAUAUCCAUUGCAAUGCGCUGUUUUCGUAUGUUAAUACUAUCCUUAUCGACGCAAUCAGCAAGGCAGGAUUGGAGAAUGAUGUUGCAACAAAAACAACUAUUGCAUUCACCAAGUUAUUAUGGAUACAGAAUGAUCUGUUCGCGCGACAUUAUGUAGUAGACGGUGCCAAUUAA